AAAGAGAGAGAGAUAUCAACUGAAUUUUUUAUCUCAUUACUUCAUGUGCAGCGAGCGAGACAGUUAGGUUGUGUGUAAGAUGGUAGUUCAUACGCAGGAGAACGUUGAAGAAAAACCUGAUAGGACAUGUUCGAUAGCCUCAGUUAAUACAAUCGACUUGGAGACAGCCAUAAAUAAAACAGGAUGCGGCAAGUUCAACUGGAUGAUAAUCCUGCUAACCUUCCCAGUGGCAUCCACAUCCGUCUUCGUGACUGGAAGUAUGUCCUAUGUGAUAUCCGUUGCGGUAGCUGACCUGGAUCUCACAGCGACUGGAAAAGCGUUGCUGCAAUCUUCGCCUUAUGCAGGUAUGAUUGUGUCUGGCUAUAUUUGGGGCUCUUUAUCCGAUGCCUUCGGAAGAAAGAAUUUGAUGGUGAUAGGAUUCUUGUCAGAUUUCUUUUUGAAUAUUGCAGCUGGGCUUAUCAAGUCCCUCCCAGUCAUACUGUUCUUCAAGUUUCUAUCAGGAUUCAUGGUUUCUGGUCCAUACUCCAUCUUCAUGGUAUAUAUGUCCGAAGUGUUCUCUCAGAGGCACAGAGACAUGAUAGCACAAUUUUUAGGAGUAUUUACUUCAGUCGGAAGUAUCAUACAGAGUGUACUCGCGAUGUGGUUGAUUCCCCUGGCGCUUCCUGAUUGGAUGCCCUUCAAGGCCUGGCAGCUGUUCACGAUGUGCGGAGGCAUACCCUCUCUUCUCAUUGGCCUGAGCUGUCUCUUCUUCUACGAAUCUCCCAAGUUCUUGGUGGACAAAGGAAGGAGUGAAAAGGCCCUCAAUGUCUGUAGAAAUAUCUUCACAAUCAAUACAGGCUUGCCUCCUCUGUCUUUUCCGGUUAAUAAAAUUCAUGCUAAAAACAGCGACUCUGCGACGAAUAAAUCGAUCUGCUCUCGAGUCUGGAAUGAAAUCAUGGACAUGUUCAGACCACCGUAUUUACUCAAGGCAUUGACAGUAUUUAUAAUUUUCGUUUUGAUGUUUGCUUCUCAAAAUACUCUACGGCUCUGGAUGCCAGAAAUCUUUACACUCUUGCAGAAUUCUUCAGUCACUGAUAUCGAAGGUCUUUGCCCACUAAUCGCUGAAGACAGGAACAGCACUAAAGUUAUGGCACCAAAGGAAUCAGUCUAUUUAAGCAUGAUAGCUAUCCAUGGCUGUUGCCUCGCUUGUCAUCUACUUUUUGCAGUAACCGUCAGAUGCUUAAAGAGGAAGGUCAUAUUGGUUAUCUCCAUUUCUGCCGCUGGUUUCUGCAUUUUCUCCAUUCCUUGGAUCAGUGCUAAUAUGUCAUUACUGCCAAUUUCAAUAUUCCUUGCCCUGUUCGAAGCUAGUAUUUAUGCAUUUUUUGGAGCAAUCGUACAGAUCUUUCCUACACAUCUGAGAGCUAAAAGUGUGAGCCUGGCCAUGGUUUUAGGCAGAAUAGCGAUUUUCCUGGGUAACUUUUUACUUUCCAAUGUCAUGUUUACGAAUUGUAAUGAAAUGUUCUGGUCUCUGGCUGCUGGAGCAUUAUGCAUUGUAAUAUUCUCACUUCUCCUAUCAUUUACACCCCAUGACGAUUCGAAAAUAACCGAAUGAAGGGAAAAACCAAAGAAAAAUGGUGGUAAAAAUGGUACUGUAAAAACUAUAAGAACUAAACAAGUUCGUGGUUAUUUCAGUGCAUAUGUAAUUAGCUAUUAAGUUUCCUAUGGAAACUGCUAUAGGUAUUAUGAUUGGUUUAUCAUCAUCAGUCAAUUAUCAUUGCAGAAUGAAGUUCAAACGAUUUGAUUCUGUUUAAAAAAAUAUAUAUAUUCUUGCUAAAAGGAGUUUGUUAUCUCUUGGAAAAAUAUAAUUUUUAUACCUAAAUUAAAACUUUGAUAUCAAAAUAAUCUUUCUUCAUUAUACAGGGAUUACUUUUGAACAUGGAAAGUAGAGGUUCAACAAUAAUAUAUUUAUAUGUCACGGUGAGAUUACUUUUAGCAAGAUGUUUAUAUAUAUUUUUUAUUAGCCAGUUCGCAAUUUAUUUCCAUAAACUUGUGCUAGACUUCGCCUAAAUGUUAUCUGACUAUUGAGAAAUUUUAUAUAUUUUUUUUACAACAAAGUAUUAAAAAAUUAAGCCAAAUAAAAUAUUUUAUUUUGAAUAUAGUAUAUCAAGCGACAAGGUCAUUAUUUCUCAGAAGUGAAUAUAAAUUCUGCAAACUUAUUUAUCUGUAAAUAUAUUGCUUGAUAAUAUGUUUUGAUUAUGAUUCUGACUGAAAUCAUCUUUAUCUCUAAGACUUUGUACAUAGCAAACAAUUU